AUGGUGCAGUUGACACGGAUCUACACGCGCGGCGGCGACAAGGGCAAGACGUCGCUCAGCAACGGCAAGCGGGUCCCGAAGCACGAUCCGCGUGUUGCUGCCUACGGGACGGUCGACGAGGCCAACGCCACCCUCGGUUUGGCCCGGUUGCACUGCGGGCCGGAGGCCGAUGCGAUGCUCGCGCGGAUCCAGAACGACCUUUUCGACCUCGGUGCCGACUUGGCGACCCCUGACGACCCAGAUUUGGAGUAUGAGCCGCUUCGCAUUGUCGAGGCCCAGGUCACUUGGCUCGAACAGCAGAUCGACCGUUUGAAUGCCGAUCUGGAGCCGUUGAACUCCUUCAUUCUGCCCGGCGGCUCGCCGGCUGCGGCCUACCUUCAUCUCGCGCGCACGGUCACCCGCCGGGCCGAGCGCGAUGCCACGGCCUUGGCCGAACUGGAGACGGUGGGUGCCCAGCCGGUACGCUACCUAAACCGGUUGAGCGAUCUUCUGUUCGUGAUGGCCCGCCACGAGAAUGAUCAGGGCCGCAUGGACGUGCUCUGGGUGCCCGGUGCCAACCGCUGA